GAUUGGCUAUUCGUUAUUGAAUAAUUAUUUGUGAUUAGUUACCUACGAUAAAAAAAAAAUAGUGCUUCGAAUUUCUGUUCUCGAGUUGUAAAUUUCGUUUAUUUGAUCGCAGAAUCUGAUUAUUGGACCGAUGGGUUUUCGGCAAUUCAAUUGUUGGUGAAUGAAGAAUUCGUGAGAAUGAAAUCGGAUAAUGCAUCUUGGGCUGCACCGGAGGAGUUUGGUUGAUUUGUGGAUAUUUACCAACCCUGAAAUUCAAAGAACUGAAGCUACACCUACCUAAACAGUGCCAAAAUUCUGCAGCUCCUCUGAAUCGUUACAACAAAAAAAGGGUGAAAACACCAUGUUUAUGUUGGAAAAGUUACGCUUUGAAGUGAAUUCGGAACCUGUGAACCAAUUUCUGAAAUAUUUUUCCAGACAAAUAUUCGAUGACAAAAUUGAAUUUACAGCGUGUGGUUUCUUCACACUAGAUUACACAAUAAUUCAUCAAAUAAUUAGUAAUUCGUCCAUUUAUUUGAUUAUUCUGCUGCAAUUUCAUUUUUCCAAAGUGUAUUUCCAAAUCAACACUUGAAAACGGAAUGAAGAAAUUCUAUCUUAAUUCACUCAAGAAGAAGAACAACUAUGAGCCAGAAAUGACAGACUUCCUGUAACCAGUUCAUAGAGAUUGUUACUUGGUAGAACAAACGUUCAAACUUCGUUGAUUGUGGUCAAUUCUAAACAAUAAUGCUUUGGAGAAUACCUACCGAUGUAAAUCAUACGUUUAUGUGAAAAAUAUCAUUCACUUUCUUACGAGAAAAUUUUUAAAGGUAUAUGUACCUAUAUUUCUUCUCGAUCUAUUCAGUGAUGGAAGAGAGAAUCUGAUUGCAGCUUCUUUGGGUUAUUUUAUUCCAGUUGGUUAAAAUGUAUAUGCAAUGAAUUUGUCUACUACACUUUGUAAAAGUGAAAUGUAUUAUUUUUACUGGAAAUAUCUAUCAUUUCUUCAGUAAUUCCAACGUUCAUUUUACCUGAGUGCAGUCUGUAAUCAGGUGACAUACUUUUGAAAACUGUAAUUAAUGGAUUUUCAGUCUUCACCUGCUGCCAACUUUUACGUAAUCAAUAACGUAUAAAUAUUUUCUUACAUCAUUAUGGUACAUCCAUCACUAUCUAUAACGUAUACCUGCGACGACAAGUGUUUGUCAAAUUAUAUCCUAUCCAUACUGAACACUCAGUCUCAUAAAAAUUCAAAAAUUCUCAGCAAAUAUUUGAACGAUAUUGCGGUGAUAAAUUCAUUAUGGAUGUAUUGUGUCGAUAUUGCUCGAUAAGCGAGUAAUUAUUUUACGUUGCAGUAAUAUUCUUUCUUUUAAAAUUAUGACUGUGAUUGUGUAUCCGAUAAAAUGAAUUUCAAACUGGUGUAUGUUUUUGGAUUUUUCUUCAUCAAUGUGAAGUCGAUGAAUUUAUUCCCGGAUUCAGAUACUUAUUGGAACUUGGGCCUAAACAACACUCCUGAAAAAAUUGAUGAGGAAAAGACCGAAGCUCCCAAAGACGAAUCACCUCUGGCUAAACUGUUAAAAUUGAGAGAUAAAGCGCAACCUGCUGCAGAUCAGCUUUCAAACCUUAAAGAUAAAUUGCCAAAAUGGAAGAAUCCAUUUGCGAAGAACGAAGAAGAACCAGAUUUUGGUCUGAAGAACAUGUACGGUGAAGAAUCCGAAGAUCCGGAGAAAAAACCGUUAUUUGGUGGAUUUAAUGCUGGAGAAACAUGGGACAAAACGAAGGAUAAAUUUAAGAAUAUGAAAUGGCCUUUGGGAGGCAAGAAAGAUCAGAAUCAAGGAGAGUCCGAUGACGAACCUGAUUAUGGAUUACCUAAAUUCUUUGGAGAGGAUGAGGAAAACCCAGAGAAGAAAAAACCUUUGUUUGGCGGAUUUAAUGCUGGAGAAACGUACGACAAAGUGAAGGAUAAAUUCAAGAAUUUGAAAUGGCCUUUGGGAGGCCAUAAAGAUCAAAAUUCGGAAAGUCCUGAUGAAACUCCUUCGCACCACCAGUAUGAAGCGGAACCUACACAGUAUGAUGAUCAUGAUUAUGGAUUACCUAAUUACAUUGGAGAGGACGAAGAAAGUCCGAAGAAAAAACCUUUAUUUGACGGAUUCGAUCCAACAGAAAAGUACGGCCAGCUGAAGGAUAAAUUUAAGAACUUGAAAUGGCCUUUGGGGGGCAAUAAAGAUCAUAAUUCCGGAAGUCCUGAGACUCCUUUAGAAGAUUACAUUGAAGAGGAAAACCCAGAAAAAAAAUCAUUAUUUGAUGGAUUCAAUCCGGGAGAAAAGUAUGGCCAGCUCAAAGAUAAAUUUAAGAACUUGAAAUGGCCUUUGGGUGGUAAUAAAGAUCACAAUUCCGGAAGUCCCGAAACUCCUUUAGAAGAUUACAUUGAAGAGGAAACCCCAGAAAAAAAAUCAUUACUUGAUGGAUUUAAUCCUGGAGAAAAGUAUGGCCAGCUGAAGGAUAAAUUUAAGAACUUGAAAUGGCCUUUGGGUGGUAAUAAAGAUCAUAAUUCCGGAAGUCCUGAGACUCCUUUAGAAGAUUACAUUGAAGAGGAAAACCCUGAAAAAAAAUCAUUACUCGAUGGAUUUAAUCCUGGAGAAAAGUAUGGCCAGCUCAAGGAUAAAUUUAAGAACUUGAAAUGGCCUUUGGGUGGCAAUAAAGAUCAUAAUUCCGGGAGUCCUGAAACUCCUUUAGAAGAUUACAUUGAUGAGGAAAACCCCGAAAAAAAAUCAUUCCUCGAUGGAUUUAAUCCGGGACAGCACUAUGAUAAGGCUAAAAAUGCACUCCAAAAUUUGAAGUGGCCGUUGGGUCAGCAUAAGAAAAAUUCAGAAUCACCGGAUGAUAACGAAACAGAUCAUGAAGGGAAGGAGCACGCGAAACCUAAUUCUUUUUUUGAUAAUUUAAAACCAGGAGAGAAAUUUGAUCAAGCUAAGAAUGCUGUUAAAAACAUGAAGUGGCCGAAUUUAUUUGGUCGUAAAAAUCAAGAUCCCAAUUCGCCCGAAGGUGAUGAAUUUCCCUUAGCAGAAUUGGCCGAUGAUUUGAAAAAAUUGGAAGAAAAAAUACCCGAUGAACAUUAUCCCGUUCAUGGUCUGAAUCCGCAUCAUUCUGAAGGAUCUGAACAUGAACCUGAAAACUCACCUGACUCUCAUUAUUACUCAGCUGAAAAUCCUGAUGAUAAAUCUGGAAAUGAAUCACUUGAGCCGGAAACCAUGGGGGAAAUGUUGGAAGAAGAAUUAGAAGAACUAGAAAAAGAAGCUCAUAGUCCGGAGAAACCAGAUCAUCAAUGGCCGGAUUGGUCUUGGAAUCACCACGAUGAUCAAGAACCAGAGUCACACAAGCCACAUUCUGAGAAACAUGGACAUGAUGGUACUCAUCAUGAUGGACAUUCUCCGGAAGAGGAACAUGGCAGUCCUAAACAUCACAAAGAGUCACAUCAGCCAAAGAAACAUGAUGUGGAUGAAAAAGAAGACUUUUCAGAAAUUCCAAGUUGGUUUUGGGCCCCUGCAACGAAAGAUUCUAAAUCCAAAGAACAUAAGAAUCAUCAUCCUCAAAAACAUGAUACUGAACUUUAUCAGGAAACCAAUUACGAUGUUCGUGAUAUUGGAAAUAAUCGAGAGAAAGCAAAAACGCAAGGAGAUGAUAGCGAUGGUGACGGAACGGAGGACGAAGAUGACGAUGACGGUUCCGACGACGACGAAAAUAAAGAUGGAAAUGAAACUGACGAUAACGACGAAGAUGAUGAUAAUGACGUCGGUCACGAGAAAGAAAAAGGAAACGACGAAAUAGAUCCAGACGAGGAGGAAAUUCUAAAAGAAUUAGAAGAACGAAACAAAGAGAAAGAUAAAGGUAAAAAGAAACCUAAACGCGACAGCAGUGAUGAAGCUGAUGAUGAUUCCGAUUCAGACGACGAAGACGAUGAUGAUGACGAUGACGACGACGACGACGGAGCAGCAGACGACCAGUAUUUAGAUGAAGCCAAAAAGAACUUCUCUAUUUGGAAUCUCGUUCUGCCAAUGAUCAAGGAACAGUUGCCUAGUAUUCCUAAUCCGUUCAGUGUGCUGAAUCGAGUCACUGUUUCUUUCGGAUCCAUUAACGAUCUGCAAAGAGAUCCGGAGUACUUGCAGAAGUCAUUGAUUAAAAAAGUCAAUCAAAAAUAUAACGAAAAACACGAGAAAGCCUUACCCGGAACAACCAUAUCGUUUUGGCCUCCAACUAUUACUCGUGGAUGAAAAUUCACCGAAUCACUGGAAAGUACCCAAACCUACCUACUGCCGUAAAAGAAAAGAGCUCAGUUUGCUUACCAAAGUUGGAAAUUAUUGUAUCGAUAAUAAACUUUACAAAAAUCGAA